AUGGCUGGCGGCGUGCCGCGGGCCAAGGGUGCUGUGCGGCAGGACUGGACGUGCAAGUCCGGCGUCAGCAAGAGAGGGCGAGCGGUCGUCAAUUGGGGGACGGCGCUCAAGUGUCAGGGCUGCAGGCUGCCCAAUGCCACGAGCUUCGGGGCGAACGUCCCGCUCCCUGCGGCGGCCAAGUGGAAGUCGAAGUCGGGCGGGGCCAUGGAGGUCGACGUCGGCGAGGGCGCUGGCGCUGGCGACGCGGCGGCGCUCGCCGAGGUCCACAUGUGCGAAUCGGGCCUGCACGCCCUCAAGGAUCAAACGGCGGACUGGGCAGCGGCCAAGGCGCGGCUCUUCGCCAGCAAACCACUCCACGCACGGACGCACGCCAUCGCCAACAAGGCCAAGCGGUGCGCCGAGCGCCUGGAGAAGGCGGAGAGCAACAAGCGGAAGACGCAAGAGGCCUUGCGGCGGGCUGUGGGGGAGGUUGAGCGCGCGCAAAAGGUGCAUGCAGACCUCCUGGAGCAGCAGAUGGCGGCGCUGCAGGCCGAGCUGGUGCAGCUGCAGCAGCAGGACGUCAUCGGCGGGCUCGGCAUCACGGUGGGCGAGCUGGAGGCCGUCGUGCUGCAGCAGCUCUCGGCCCACUCGAACGAAGAGCAGCCAGUGCCAGCGGAGGCGCAAAAGCGUACCACAGGCGCGUUGGGUGUGCGCUUCGUGGAGUUGUGCAUGUCCAAACGGGCGCGGCGCGAGGAAGCUCCCGCCGAGGAGCCGGCCAGCGCCAGCCAGGACGUCGCCAACGCCGCGAGAGAGGUGCGUGCUGGCGCAGAGCGGGACGGGCAGUCCCAGCCAGCGCCCGAGGCUGCAGUGCCUGGAAGCGGCAGCGGCUCAGCCGUCGUGCCGCGCUGGCAGCCGGGGGAGUCGGUGGAGCAGCUCCAGCAGCGGUUGCGGAAGCGUGGCCUGGAGCUCGAAGCGGGGGCUUCCAGCCUUACUAGGAUCCUGCUGAUCCUCAGCGCGUGGUUUGGCGCCAUGGCGAAGAGCGGCAUCUUCGCUGCGAGCGUGGCGGCGGGGGGGUCCCUGGCGCCGUGCGUCGAGGGCAUCUGCGAGCGGGCAGAGGCCGUGGUCCUCCUCGUCCAGGAGCGUCGCGCCAAGGACCACGACAGGCUGGCCGCCUUUCAGCAGGCCGUUCUGGACCACGGGUGCGCGGGGCUCUGGGCGCCAGCGGUGCAGGGGCCCCGCGGCGAGGCAGGCGCCUCUGGCGGGGUGGCGGUGCAUGCGCGCUCGCACAUCGUAGUCACCAGCCCGCUGUUCCUGGACAGCACCGUGCUGCUGGCCGCGCGUCUGGUGGCCGCCCAUGUGCACUGGGGAGUGGCGGGCGGCUUCGUCGCCAUUUCUGCGUACUUCCAUGGCAGUGUGAGGUGGAACGCGGACAACCAGCACGUGGCGGCCGUUCUCAUGAAGUACCUGGCCAAGUUCAGCGCAGCUGGGAUCGACUGGGUCGUGGGCGGUGACUUCAACAUGGGGCCCGAGAAGUUUCCUGUGCAGCAGCUCCACGGGGUCCGUGGGCUGUGGGCGGCGGCAGGGGAUGACACCUGCAGGCCGCGUGCUGGGGCCUGGUCGACGCUGGACUACUUCCUCUUCGCAGCCGACCUUGCUCCGAGGCUUGACAGGCCGCGGGUCGACGAGUACGGCGCGACGAAGCCGCGCCUGCCCGUCGCAAUGGAAGUGCACGCGCAGGACUUUCCGAUGCAAGUGCGGGUGGCGAGGGGCCCGCGGCCGAUCGGCCCCGUGCCGCCCGUGGGCUGUAGCCGCGGCGUCGAGGACUGGCGCAGGCCCCUAGCCAAGGUGCGCGCAGCCGUCAGCCGAGAGCACCUCCUCGAGGCAUGGGGCGCCGUGGUGGCUACAGUCGAACAGGAGCUCCUGGACCGCUGCGACGUCGUCGGGCAUGACAAGACCAAGUGCGUCGGCAGGUCUGGCGCUCUGGAGACGACUCUCGUCGCUGUCAAAUGGCGGCCCCCACGACGCAGGACCGCGCUUGGUGGCCAACUCCACGGCGUCAGCCUCCUCUGCCCGCUGUUCGAAACCCAGUUUGACAAGCUGGCGGGGUUCCUGAUGGAGGCGGCGACGUAUCUCGACAAGAUCAUCGCCAGCCGCGGCGCGCUGGCGCUCCUGCCGCACUGGGUGCAGGACUUCUUCGGCCAGCAGAUGCUGAUGUUCGCGCAGGCCGACUUCGCGGGCCAGGCGUCGAGGGUCGUGGAGUAUGCGAACGGUCAGUAUGAAGCGGCCCUCGCGGCGCAAGAACAGGAGUGGGUCAAGUGGGUUAACGGGUCAUUCUCCCACGGAGCUGGCCGCGCCCAUCGGUGCUCCAAGGUCAGGGACUUGCAGGAGGUGGUCACUGCCUGGCGUAGCCAGCAGCAGGACGCGAGCCCGCACCUGGUGUGCGAUCGGGAGAUGCAGCCGCGGGCAAAGGUGUGGCGGUGCCAUGGGCUGCCGCAGGCUCGCAGGCCUGCGGCCACUGAGGAGUGGGAUGCGCUGCCCGAACUCACCGUCGACGAGAUGAAGAGGGCUGCGCUGUCAUUCCCCGCGGGCACGGCAAUGGGGCGUGCCAAGAUAGGCAUGCGUGCCCUGUCUUUCCUGUCCGAGGACGGCAUGUAUGUUUGCGCGCAGCUCUUCAUGCGCAUAGAGAAGUUGGGCCCGUGGCCUGAGGGCCGCCUGUGGCACGCCAUGCGUCGGCUGCUCGAGCCCUCUGGAGGGUGCCGCAUCCUCGCGCUCAUGCAUUCUUUUGCGCACUGGUGGUCGAGACGCCGGGCGGACAUCUCUAAGGGCUGGCUCGCGCAGCACCCCAACGUGGUCACCGUGCUCCUGGACGCCUGGAAGUUCUUUGAGGCGGUGAUCCCCGAGGCCCUGAUGCAGGAGGCGCGGCUGCUCAAGAUGCCGCUGUCGCUGGUGUGGCUUUUGGAGCUCUACAGGCAGCCCAGGCGGCUGCAAGCGUUCGGCUCGGUGUCCUACGAAGUUGUGUCCUACCAGCGGUUGCUGGCUGGAUGCACGCACGCGUGCGCGCUCGUGUCGGUGCUGAUGCAUGGGCCAAGCAACUGGGCGCCAUCUUGCAGCCCGCCAACAUCGGGCUACGUGACCUCGUCCAAGGGCCUAGCCGCAGCGUGCAGGAAGCAUGCGGGAUCCCGCGGCUUGCAGCUGCUACGCUGGGCUCGCAAUCUGGGGCAUGACCUUGGAGGAGGCAGGGUCCAGCGACGGCAGACCAAGCUGCGGCUGAAGGCGCCGGCGCGGCGGCGCGGGCGCCUGGCGGCGUUGAAGCGUGCUGCUGGCCGCAAGGUCGCCGUGCUGUGGCGCACGGGGCUGCUCCUUAGCGCCGGCCGCGGCGCGGGCGUCGUGGGCAUCCCUGACAGUGAGCUGCAACGGCUGCAGGCUGAGGCCAGCCGGCUGGCGGGGGCGCGGCCAGGCCCGUCGGGCGCGACGAUCUACUUGGCCACGCAGCGCAGCGCGAGGUUUGAUCCAGUCUACGCGGCGACAAUGGCGCUCAUGGUCAGGUAUUCCAGCUGGGUCUGGGAGCAGAGGGCAUCGUUGGGCAGGCGUCAGCGUGCGUGGGCCUCCAUCAUGCAGCGGCUGGUCGAGAAGCCGACGUGGGGGCUGGCGCGCGGCCCCAUUGCCUCGACGACGCUCGCGCUCUGGAGGAUCGGCUGGUACAUGUGGUCUAGCCUGGUGCUGGUCACUGACGAGGAGCAGCGCAUCAACCUGCUCGCCACCUCGCCGUCGGACCUCAAGGCUUACCUCGUCGAGGGGGUUAGCCGCUGGCAAGGGCGGCAGAUCCUGAGCCACUUCGGCGGCGCGCAGCCCACGGGGCCGAUCUGA